ACUGAAAAUAAUACGGAGUAACCAGUUAACCACGAGCACAGAUAGAGUGGGGAAGGCGACGAGGAUCGGAAUUUAAGGUGCGGAGAAAGAGGACUCAGUCGAGACGAAACCGGUGACGCGAAGGAAGUAGGGGAGUUAGGGUUCCCGGGGAAUCAUCGUUGGGUUUCCGGCGAGAGGUACACGACUGCCCUCUCUUCCGGUCUUCGCCAACGACCGCCUUACAUAAACUUGGAGACCCAAUUUCCCGCUGAUUGCCAAUAAUUGUUCAUUCCAAAGGAAUUUUUGCAAAUCUGGAUUAGAUUGGGAAAUAUAUUAGAUGCGUUAAUGGAAACGAAUAGUUUGGAGGAACAAUGGGAAGAAAGAAAUUGAAUCUCCAUAACUUCUUCUGAUUGUAGUUGCACAUGGCCAAUCCCGAUUCUCAACGCCGUUGUGUUUUUGUUGGAAAUAUACCUUAUGAUGCUACUGAAGAACAGCUAGUUCAAAUCUGUGAGGAGGUUGGCCCUGUUGUUUCAUUCAGAUUAGUAACUGACAGAGAAACUGGAAAGCCCAAGGGUUAUGGAUUUUGUGAAUACAAGGAUGAGGAAACUGCCCUGAGUGCUCGACGUAAUCUGCAGGGAUAUGAGAUAAAUGGUCGCCAGUUAAGAGUUGAUUUUGCUGAGAAUGAUAAAAAUGCUGACAAAAACCGUGAACAAAUUUGUUCAGGUACUUGAACCCUCUAGCUUUCUGGAAAAACUGUUUCAUUUUGGACUCACAAUUUACUAUUUUUCCAAAUCAGAAUGUAGACAGAAAACAUUGGCACUAUUUACUUCUCUCCAAGUUUUACAUUUUACUAAUCUUUAUUUUUGUAAUUUAUCACUCAAAUCCAAUGGGGGUGUUAUCAGAAUUAAGCAUAUAAUAGUAAUGAGAAUGGAAGAAUUUUCUGUGUAUUUCAUUGGAGGGUUAAGUCCCUAUAUAUAUACAUUACAAAGAUAGAAUAUUCCUAUAAGAUGCUAUACAAUAAUAAUAUCCUAGAGUAUAUUCCUAAAAUAUUCUAAAGCAUAUUCUAAAGAUAGAAGAAUAUUCUAAAGCAUAUUAUACAGCAUAUUCCAAUGUCUUUCACACUCCCCCUCAAGUUGGAGCAUAGAUAUUUAUCAUGCCCAACUUGUUACAUAAAUAACUAACACGAAUUCCAUUUAGUGCUUUAGUGAACAAGUCUCCAAGUUGCUCUCCCGUCUUCACAUAUCCUGUAGAGAUCAAUCCUUGUUGUAUCUUUUCUCGAACAAAGUGACAAUCGACCUCAAUAUGUUUUGUUCUCUCAUGAAACACUGGGUUGUUAGCAAUGUGUAUAGCAGCCUGGUUAUCACACCAGAGUUUAGCAGGCAUUGGUGUCUUCAGUCCAAUUUCACUCAAUAGAUGAUUUAUCCAGAUUAUCUCACAUGCCGAUUGUGCCAUAGCCCGAUAUUCUGAUUCAGCACUCGAACGAGAAACCACAUUCUGCUUCUUACUUUUCCAAGAGACGAGAUUACCACCAACAAAGACGCAAAAGCCAGAUGUGGAUCUUCUAUCAUCUUUAGAUCCAGCCCAAUCAGCAUCUGCAAAGCAUUCUAUUCUCAUGUGAUUAUGAUUUUGAUAAACAAUACCUCGUCCUGGUGUCCCCUUCAAGUAACAUAAUAUAUGCUCUACAGCAUUCCAAUGAUCAACUGUCGGGGAUGACAUAUAUUGACUUACUACACUCACUGAGUACGCAAUAUCUGGACGGGUAACUGCGAGAUAGUUAAGCUUUCCAACCAACCUUCUAUGAUUUCAUUACUAUUCUAGUCAUUAAUCAUAUUUUUUUUUGUAAACAAUCUUAUUUUUAGUCAAACAUAUGUAAUUAUUUCUUUAUUCUAACACCCUAAUUAUUGUCUGUUGGAACUUAGAAAUUUAAUUAAUAGACUCUAACUCAAAUACUAGGCUCCAAAAUCAAAAUUUACGUGUUUAAUGAUAGAAUUAACUGAUAAGUCUGAUAAGCCGAAAACAUUAUCAAAAAAGGUAGAUUCUAUGGUAUCCCAAAUGUACCAUAC